AUGUUGAUAUUUUGGAAGGAUAACGGUGUGGAAGUUAUCUCUAGUUUCAAAGGGGAGGGGUACUUGGGCGUGAAAUUCCGUGUGAAGAACAUUUUCUUUUAUGUGAUUAAUGUUUACUCAUCUUGUGAUAUCGUUAAGAAGACAAUUCUUUGGCGGAAGCUUUUGGAGUUGAAAGAGUUAUUUGAUGAUGGAGAGUGGAUUAUUGGUGGAGAUUUCAAUGCUAUUAAGGAGAGUUGUGAGAGGAAGGGGAGAGGGGUGGUGUCUAAUUCUAACGAGAUUAAGGAGUUUGCGGAUUUUAUAGAGAGGUUUAGGUUGGUGGACCUACCUUGUAAAGGGAAAAAGUUUACUUGGUAUAGCGGCAACGGAAUAUCGAUGAGUAGAAUUGAUAGACUUCUAGUGUCGAGUUUUAAGGUGGAAGGUAGAGGAGAUUAUGUUUUGAAACAAAAACUUAAUCUUCUUAAGGGGAGGCUUAAAUGGUGGAAUAAAGAGGUUUUUAGUAGAGUUGAUUUGGAUAUUCAAGAGGAAGUAAGAGAUAUUAAUUUAGGAGAUGACUUGUUGGAAGCGGAAGAUAUUCAACCGGAUACGGUAUUUAAUAGGAAGGAAGCCACGAGUCGGUUUUGGACGAAAUUGAGGAUAAAGGAAAAUAUGUUAGUUCAAAAAGCUAAUUUGAAGUGGCUUAAUGAAGGAGAUUCCAAUAGUGGAUUUUUCCACAAGGUUAUGAAGGAGAACAGAAGAAUAAAUUAUACCGGGCCUAUUAAUUCGACAAAGGGGAUGUUAGAUUCGGUGAAGGAAAUAAAAGAUCACGUUGUUCAUUAUUUCACAAAAAAAAUUGAAGUGGAGGUAGGAGAGACACCAACGCUAGAACGGAUUAUUUUCGAUAGAAUUAGUGAAGAGGAUAAAGUAUGGCUUGAAAGACCUUUCCAAGAAGUUGAGAUCAAUGAGGCAUUAAAGUGUUGUGGUGGAGCUAAAAGCCCGGGUCCGGAUGGGUAUUCUUUUCUUUUCAUUAAAAGGUGUUGGUUUUUUUAA